AUGUCUAAUGACACUGAGCCCAGUACACUUCUGGCCCAUCUCUCACAGCUGCCAGCCACAGAACAUGCGAUUCUUCUCAACCGCUUUAAAUUCUUAAAUCUUGUGCAGCGGGUGGCCGCCGCCGACGUGGCGGAGAUGAUCCAAAAUGUCGGGCUGGAUGUUUUAUUGUGUAAAGGGGCGCUGGAAAACAUACCGCCCCCACUCACAUUCCCCAUGCAAGGACCAACAACAACAGCAGGAGGAGGAGGAGGAGGAGGGGUGAGAGGAAUGGAACAUCCAACAACAUUAGCAUCUACUCAACGCCGAAUGAAUAGACGUGGUCAUACUACAGCAAUGGAUACUUCUACAGGGACACCACGGCGAAGGCGAUUUGCCACUCGGGAAGAAGAAUCUAAAUUUAUUCAAAGAAUGGCAAAACCACCGAAACGGAGGGAUAUUUUUGCUCAUUUACGUGAACCAGUACGGGAACAUCAUGAACAUAACCGCAUGCAUAGACGCGCAGAAUCACCGUCAUCAUCUAUACCAUUACCAUAUAAGAAACAUUUUCCAGGACAUGAAUGGGAAGAUAGAGAAGGAAAUGUGAUAUACCAUGAUGACUUGAACAACAGUGAUGUAGUUAUGAUUGAUUCUAGUGAUGAUAGGUAUCAUUCAUCUGGUUUUGGUGCUGUUAAUACAGGACAAGUUAGAGAACAUACCGCUAGCCCACCACAGGGACGUGGUCACCGUCCAAUUCCACGAGUAAUGGCACGACCAAAGGAAGUAUCAGAUCAGGAUUAUGCUACUCAUACAGAUAGACGACAACAACAACAACAACAACAACUUUCUAACACGGGAGAAGAAACUCAUUCUCCAACAGAAGCAUUGCAUAUGCUUCCUGCAAUAAAUGCAAGUGGUGAAGCUAUAAACCAUUGUAGUGAUGCUUCUCCUGUUACUCAUCACCUGGAAACAUCCCACAUCGCACCCGCUGAGGCUUCCAGCUCACGUGGAAUGUUUGCUUCUACUACACGUUCUCGUGGGGCAUUCGCACCAAAAGCAAAACCGAAAGCCGCAGCGGAUGUGCCACGAGUUCCAAUGGAAGUCAUUCGUCACGCUUCUGCAUUAUUAGCGGCUAAAACUAGUGCUGCUGUGCCUCCACCCGCACCACCUCCACCACAAGAGCGACUUCCCACUCCACGGGCAAUUCCACAAAUUGGUUCUUCUGAGACUCCAAGUAUUCAUUACAACUCUGCCACAUCUCAAUCAUAUUCACAGUCGAUGUUACCACCAGAGUUGCGCAGUGGUCGAAAAAUGGAUUCUGAACUUCAACGAGGACAAUCAUUUACAGUACCAAGUAAAACUCUUUCAGAUGAAGCUCUUAUGGAAGUAGCCUCUUGUGUGGAGCGUAUGCUGCAAGAUCAUCGAUCUAUUCUAGAUAGUAUUGUAAAAGAAGAACAGAGUCCACCACCGGAUUCUCCAAAAAUAAUACGACGAGUUGAAAAGGGAGGAAGAGGUGGUGUAGCAGAUGAUAUGGAUAGUAGUAAACUCAAUAAGAAGAAACUUGAAAUGCAGAGUAUAGCAGUGAAUACUACUUCUGAAACUCCUAUAAGUCGUAUAGUUCAGCAUGCUCAUGAUAUUUUGGAGGAUAUAAGUGAUGAAGAUGAUGAACUUUUGCUGGUAAGUCGUCUUCAACGACAAGUUGGUGCAAUGGAUCGCGAAUUAGAAGCUAUAGAAGAGCGUGAUUUGCAUCAUAAUGAUUUGAGUGAAGAAGAAGAAGAAAAGGAAAGAGUGUUAAGUGCGUCUGUUUUAACAAAACGGCCUGAACGACGAGUCACUAUUGCAGAUCCCAAGGAAGUAAUAGAAGCUGUAGGAACUAAGAGAAAAUUAUCACAAGGUGGACAUCGUCGUCGGGGUGAAAUACCACGUGCCAUUGUGGAACGUUUACGUUCUUUUCAAAAAGAAAAUCAUGAGUAUAUUCAUUACACUGAAAAGCAAUGGAAUACUUCAAAUGUAACAGAGCAAGUAUUUGCGCAACGUCUUACUGAUACUCUUGUGGAUGAUGCAUUUCAAGAGGUUUUUCAAGAAGUUGGAGAUAUUCUUGAUGAAUAUGUGGAGGGAUUGGCCCAACAUGAACUCCAGUAA